CUGCUAGCCAGGGCUGGGUCCCGUUACAGUUGUGAGUCGGCGGCUCACCAAGAUGUCCAUGGAGGAACAGGAAUAUCCCGAAGCGGUACUGGUGACCGAGGCCGGGCCGCAGUGGCUUCAAGUCGAGGUGGAGCGUCUCACCAGGGAGCUCCGUGAGACGAGCCAUGAGAAGAUCCAGGCGGCUGAGUAUGGACUGGCGGUGCUGGAGGAGAAACAGCAGCUCAAGCAGCGAUUUGAUGAGUUGGAGACAGAAUAUGAGACGGUCCGACAUGAGCUGGAUCAGCUGAAGGAGGCCUUUGGACAAGCACACUCAACCCACAGGAAGGUAGCAGCAGAUGGAGAAAGCAGAGAAGAGUCACUGAUUCUGGAGUCUGCCAGUAAGGAGGCUCUCUACCAGCAGAAGGUCCUAGAGUUGCAGAAUGAACUUCGACAGUCCAAAGCCUCCCUCACCAGCUUACAGUCUGAAAAUGAUCGGCUGGCAUCCAUCGCACUGGAGAUGAGAGAGAAUUCAGAACUGGCAGAGCUGCAGCGAGGUCAGCUGCGGGAUGACAUGAGAGAGUACAAGGUGAGGGAGGCUCGUCUGCUGCAGGACUACAGCGAGCUGGAGGACGAGAACAUUUCUCUUCAGAAACAAGUCUCUGUGCUGAGACAGAACCAGGUGGAAUUUGAAGGUCUAAAGCAUGAGAUCCGCCGUCUGGAGGAGGACUCGCAGUGCCUCCACAGCCAGCUGGAGGAAGCCAUGCGUCUGAGAGAAAUCGCUGAGCGGCAGCUCACAGAGGCCUUAGAAACGAUCAAAACAGAGCGUGAGCAGAAGUCCACUCUACGCAAGGAGCUCUCUCACUAUAUGACUAUUGGUGGCUCUAUGUACAGCAGCUCUUUCAGUAUCUCCAUCGACAACCUAAAACUCCAUGAUGAUGCCUCCACCAUCACAGAGGCAGACAACGAUGAUCUGAUCAGAGGUUUUGAAAACGGCUUGGCCAAGGCAGGUGAAGGUUAUGAAGACAACAGAGCUGCUGGGAACAAGAGAGGAGAGGCUUUCAAGCCAGCUCCGAGCUUAGUAGACGACCUGCUGAGUGAGCUCAACAUCUCUGAGAUCCAGAAACUUAAACAGCAGCUUUCACAGGUUGAGCGGGAGAAAGCAGCCCUGAUCAACUCUCUCCAGGAGAACCAGAAGCACCUGGAACAUGCUUAUGGGACUGUGUCAGAACAAAAGGAAACAGUCAACAGGCUGACUGAGAACCUUACUGCAAUGAGGAAACUUCAGGCCAGUAAGGAGCGUCAGUCCGCCCUCGACAGUGAAAAAGACAGGGACAGCCACGAUGACGGAGACUACUACGAGCUGGACAUCAACGGACCUGAGAUCCUGCAGUGUAAAUACACCGUGGCGGUGUCUGAAGCCGGUGAGCUGAGGCAGGAGCUGAAGACUCUAAGAGCGCAAUACGAGCAGUGUCGAACCCAGUAUGAAGAUGAGCGAGCGCGGCUGGAUAGCGACGUCCAGGAGCUGAGGUCGAAGUUGGCAGCCCUGGAGAAGAUCAGCCUGACGGAUAAAGCAGAGGUGGCUCGUCUGGAGAAGGAGCUCCGUCUGGUCAGUGAGGCUGCAGGAGAAUCACUUGGCAGCCUAAAUGUGGCGCAGGAUGAGCUUAUCACUUUCAGCGAAGAGUUGGCCAAUCUCUACAACCACGUGUGUAUGUGCAACAAUGAGACUCCUAACCGUGUCAUGCUCGACUACUACAAGGAAGGCAAGGCUAUUGUAAGAAGGGGGCAUGAAGGGAAGGAGCAGCAAUCUUCCAUACUUCUCACUAAUGGGCUGAUCACAGAGACUGAAGCUGGAAAUUCCAGCAGCGCCACAGUCACCGCAGCCCCAGAGCACCGGCCAGAACCCAUGAACGUCUACAACCUCGUCGCCAUCAUCAGGGACCAGAUCCGCCACCUGCAGCAGGCAGUGGACCGCACCACAGAGCUGUCACGUCAGAGACUUGCCAACCUGGAGCUGGGCACUGUGGCAGACAAGGACAAAGAGGCUUGCAUGGGAGAGAUCCUCAAACUGAAGUCUCUGCUGAGCACCAAAAGGGAACAGAUUGCCACUCUCAGAGCUGUGCUCAAGGCCAACAAACAGACGGCUGAGGUUGCUCUGGCCAACCUGAAGAGUAAGUACGACAGCGAGAAGGGCAUGGUGACUGAGACCAUGAUGAAGCUGCGCAAUGAACUCAAGGCUCUGAAAGAGGAUGCUGCUACGUUCUCCUCUCUUCGAGCCAUGUUUGCUACAAGGUGUGACGAGUAUGUGAUUCAGCUGGAUGACAUGCAGAGGCAACUGGCUGCUGCGGAGGAUGAGAAGAAGACGCUGAACUCUCUGUUACGUAUGGCCAUCCAGCAGAAACUGGCCUUGACCCAGCGCCUGGAGGACUUAGAGUUUGACCAUGAGCAGGCGCGCCGGAACAGUGCCACAUCGGCAGGAGGCAAGGGCAAAGCAAAGGCCAAAGGAGCCUCUUCCAGCCAUCAUGUAAGUCAGAAGCUGUACAGCAGAACUGACGCACAAAGCAUCAGCGACGGCUUGUUGUUCUACUGCAAGGCGUCAUAUAGCCUUUUAAAACUUCUAAUCUAUAUGUAUUACUUUUGCAAAAUUUGUAUAUCUCUCAGGAUUUGCGUACGAGAUUUUUUUCUAACAUUAAGGUCUUUAUUUUGGCGCCAUUAUACCUCUAUCACACAUUAUAUUUUAUAUGAGUAUUAUUUAUGGUCGGCCCACUGUUAGUCAAUGAGUGGCCUAAUCAGUAAUUUUGGUAAAAUUUCUUCAGUUGAUUAGUUAUUAGUUAUUUUCAUGCUUUUUUCAUGCUGAAUGACUUAUUUCAAAGUGUAUGUGCAAAUCUCUGCUAAACAAAAGUAUUAAAGCAGUAGUUUUGUAGAGAAACUAAGUGUUACAGAUCUGUCAAUAAAAUCAACUAAUUGAUUAGUCGACAACACUGUAUGUAAUGUUGUUGACUAACCCUUUUGAAUUGUUACAAUGUUAACUGGUUGAGCUGAAUCACUCCUUUCUUUUAUGUUAUCCAUGGUCAUUUUCUAGUAUUAAAACAAUGAAUUUCAUGUUUUCAUGGUAAAAUUAAUAUCCAGAAUCUGUAAAAUUAACUUAAAAUAUAGCUGGCGUCACGGAAGGCACAGAUCUCCUGACCUUGAGUUAUUUAUAUUUAGAGUGUGCCGCCUAAGAGCCACAUGAAACUUGAAACCUGCAUGCUAAUUUUAAUUGAACUACAUUUGAUUCCAGGCUGCAUCACUUUAAAAUUUGCUGUGAUGAGUACACACAGGCAUAAUUUGUCAUGAAAAGUACAAAGUUAUCAUCCAUUUUUGAGUUCUGUGACAUUUUAAUGUAUAGUUUUGUUUUUUGUUGGAGGAUGAUGCUACCACAUUUUUUGUAAAUAUGUGAUUUUUACUGUUUCCUUUUGUCUGCAUACAUGUCUUCUAUCUCCUUAUACAACUUUUUUCUCUCUCUCUGGUCCAAAACAGCUUUACAGAUUUGAUAAAGAUAAAAAUAUAAAUAAUGGUACCACUGAAUUUCAUGUAGGACAAUCUGUGUAACAAACAAAAAAUGCUACAUUAAUAUGUUUGGUUUUCACUUCCGUAAUCAUGCUUUUUUAAGAUGUAAGAUACUGUGAAAUUGUCAUUCCCUGUAGUAUCAGUGACUCAUUACUAAAGCCUGCAUGCAUA